AUGGCAUCGUCUGAACAGACUCUUCCUCCAGGCUGGCAUUCUGAAUGGGAUGCAAAUGCACAGCGAUGGCUUUACAUUGAAACUGCGACGGGUCGCACUCAAUGGGAAGAGCCUCAGGUAGCACCUGUAGGCGCGCAGGUGCCCUACGACGGGGUCCCGACUGGAACACCACCGCCGACAACCCACCAUACCAAGCGUCGCCAGUAUGCUCCAGGCCAAACUCAGGCGUAUUAUGGUGGCGAUUCGACCCUUGAUCCUGGAUAUCUAGGAGGAGUUCCUCCCCAGCAGGGCGGUGCCCAAUUGUUCACCCCAGGUCUCGUUGGCGAGAACCAAUUCGCGACGCAGCAGCAACAAGCGCAGCCUGGUGCGCAGGUACCCCCAGGGCAGCCCGGAUACUAUGGACAGCAAGGCCCGGAAUACAUCAACGCACCCACUUAUGGUCAACCCCAGCCUGCAUAUGGACAACCGGUCGAUAAUCUCGCCAAUCAAUUUGGUCAAAUGGGCAUCGGAGGACAGAAACAGUUCUCGUUGUACACCGCCAAUCUCUUGACUUCACCGCCUGAUCCAAGGGAACUUCACAACCCACCCCCGGAGAUUCGGCUGCCACCCAACUCCUGCCUCUCGCCCGCUCCGACCGCCAAUGCAGACCCAUCUUAUCAGCGAUGCACACUCAAUGCCAUCCCGACGUCAUCGUCUUUGCUCAAUAAAUCGAAACUCCCAUUAGCACUCGUGUUGACGCCCUACCGAUCCCUGAAUGAGGGCGAGGAACCUGUCCCAGUCGUCUCCGAUACUGUCAUUGCCCGUUGCCGAAGGUGUAGGACCUAUAUUAACCCCUAUGUCCAAUUCAUUGAAGGUGGUAAUCGCUGGCGCUGCUGCAUGUGCAACAUGACGAAUGAGGUUCCUCAACUGUUCGAUUGGGAUCAAGUACGAAAUCAACCUGGAGAUCGCUGGGCACGAGCCGAGUUGAACCACUCUGUUGUUGAAUUCGUUGCGCCCACUGAAUACAUGGUCCGGCCACCUCAACCCGCUGUGUACGUCUUCUUGAUUGACGUCAGCAACCCCGCCGUGCAAACUGGCAUGGUUGCUACUGCUACACGCACCAUUCGCGAGAACCUCGACCGCAUUCCAGAUGAAGAUGGACGAACCAAGGUCGCCAUUAUCUGUUUCGACACUUCGCUGUACUUCUUCUCGAUGCCUACUGGAACCACAGAGUCCUCCAUGCUCGUGGUUUCCGACAUCGACGAUGUUUUCCUUCCCAAGCCCAACGAUCUCCUUGUCAACCUCGCCGAGUCACGCGAGUCAUUGGAAAAUCUGCUCGACAAGAUUGGCGCCAUGUUCCAGGAUAACAGCAUCAUCGGAAGUGCCAUGGGUCCCGCUCUCCAGGCUGGUUUCAAGUUGAUGUCACCAAUUGGUGGAAAGAUCAUGGUUCUGUCAUCGAGCUUGCCUAGUGUGGGUGCUGGUGCCCUCAAGAAUCGUGAAGAUCCCAAGAUUUUGGGCACGGCCAAGGAAUCGGGAUUGCUUCAAGCCGCGGUGCCUUUCUACAAGACCUUUGCGAUUGAAUGUUCCCGAGCACAAGUCUCAGUUGACAUGUUCCUCUUCAGCACUGCCUAUCAAGACGUUGCGACACUAGCUGGCUUGCCUCACUAUACCUCCGGUCAAACGUACUAUUACCCCGGAUUUAACGCUGGCCGAGCGGAGGAUGCCCUGAAGUUUGCUCACGAGUUUGGCAAAGUGCUCGCGAUGCCCAUCAUGUUGGAAGCCGUCAUGCGAGGCUCUUCUGACUCGGUCUCAGGUCUCCGAAUGUCCUCCUUCCAUGGCAACUUCUUCGUCCGCUCGACCGACUUGCUUGCCAUGCCCGCCGUUCCUCAGGAUCAGUCGUACGCUAUCGAAAUCCAAAUCGAGGAGGCCAUCACGACACCAUUCGUCGUCUUCCAGACCGCCGUUCUGCACACAACCUGCUACGGCGAGCGGCGUAUUCGUGUUGUCACUCUGGCACUCCCGACUACUUCCAACCUCUCCGAAGUAUUCGCAUCCGCAGAUCAGGUCGCGCUUGCCACCUACUUUGCCAACAAGGCCGUGGAAAGGUCGAUUACGCACAAGCUGGAGGACAGCCGCGACUUCAUCCUGCAGAAGUUGGUGGAUAUCUUGAUUGCGUACAAGACGAGCAUGACCUCUGGAGGUGCUGGUGCGAGUGCACAACUUGCAAUUUCUGAGAACAUGAAGAUGCUCCCCGCUCUCAUUCUCGGAUUGCUCAAGAACGUCGGCAUCCGUCAAAGUGCCCAAAUUCCACCCGAUCUCCGGGCUUAUGCUCAAGCACUCUUGACCUCCCUCCCCUCGCAAUUGUUGAUCCCCUACCUCUACCCCACUUUCUACUCACUUCACAAUAUGCCUCCUGAGGCUGGAACUAUUGGAGAACAAGGCGUUAUCCUCCCACCUCCUCUCCCUCUGACCUCCGAACGUCUGGAGCGUCACGGUCUCUUCUUGAUCGAGGACGGCCAAACGAUGUUCUUGUGGGUCGGCCGCGACGCUGUUCCUCAGCUCAUCAUGGACGUGUUCGAUCUCCCCAACUACGAGGCUCUGCGUGGUGGCAAGGCAGGUAUUUCCUGUUGCUGGACGAUACUCCGUGUCCUCGACAACCCCUUCUCCGAACGAGUCAACGCUGUUAUCCAGAAGGUCCGCGAGAUGCGCCGUGGCCCAUACUUCCCCCAACUCUAUGUUGUUAAGGAAGACGGCGAGCCUUCUCUCCGCUUAUGGGCCCUGAGUGCUCUUAUCCAAGAUCGCGCGGACGUUUUGCCCAGCUACCAGCAGUUCAUCUCUUCCUUGAAAGAAAAGGUCAGUGCCAGUGGAAGUGGGUACUAAAACCUCUAUGGACACUGUGGUCAUCUGGCUUGGAGUCUGCAGUAUUAGAUUCACUUUUUAUACGGUUGGAGUGUAGACUUGUCGAGGAAUUAUCUAUUUCGGUUUCCUUC